AUGGGGAGCGAUAAACCAAUCACGGAUGUCCAGGCUGAACCUGCGCCGCGGCGCCGGCCCGGACGUCCACGGAUGAUCGAGACGGGCCAGGAGGCAGCAAACGAUCAAGCGAGAAGAACACGAAUGAGACUGGCACAGCGGUCGUAUCGUAGCCGGAAACAAAGCGCUCUUGUAUCUGCAAAAGCUCGAGCUGAAUCGCUUGAGGUGGCUUUGGAUGGCUCUAUUGACGAGUUUAUAAAAUUUUAUGAACAUGUCUCACAAAGGGGAAAAGAGCUACCUCCUGGUGUAAUGACUCAGCUCAACCAGACAGCGAUGAAUAUCGUAUCUAUAGCAAGGAAAGCUCGCAUGGAAAAGUCUAUGUUGACCGGCGACCAGAACCAAUCUCCUGAAGAAGAUCCAGCUGCCUCAGCAGAUGAUAUGGAUGCUGAUCAUGAACCUACCGGCUAUCUGACUGGCGAUCUCACAGUUGAUGAGAACCAAACGACAAAAACCCAUCAUUAUCACCCUCAUCAGAGGCAGUACGGACCAUUUACCAGUAGCAAGCCGGCUCCAGUCUCGCAGCGGCUGCUAUUGGCCUGUCUGACGAGAGCUAUAGCACUUCUGCAGCUAGGAAAUUUCUCCGUCGUUGCAAUUAAUCCGGCAAUGAUUCUACCACUACAACUGGAGCGAGCGGAAAAACUUCUAGAAAGAACUGCUCGUCGCCUUUCUGGAAACCCCAGUGCAUUCUUUGCAGACUGUCAAUAUGGCGAUGGCCGAAAUGCGGCUUUACCCAAGAUGAUGCGUCUUAUUGAAGGAGACCUGAACACUCUGACGCCACGGUCAUCGCCGCCAAACUUGCAAAAUUUACACUUUGGACGGACAAGAACAAUGCUUAACACGGCCAUUUCCGACCUCCAAGGAGAGUGGUUAGAGGCUCCAGAUGUGGAAGAAUAUCUUGAACAGCGAGGAAUAUUUGUUCGAAUGGGCUCGCCCAGUGAUAUCAUAAGUCUAUCAACCCCGAUGAUUGAAGACCAGCCAUCACCAGAAGCAGCCAUAUUGGGUACGCUCAGACCUCAUGCGCCGUUGGUGGAUAUAUCAGAUUUUCGAAAAGAGUCAAGGACGAAACGUGCCGCUAUUCCAGAGCAUGACUUUACAAUAUUUGGCAAAACUUUCCGAGAAGGCCAGACCGUGCCUACGGGACGAAAUAAUUUCGCAUUGUCAGAAUGGUAUCCCGAGAUGCGCGCUCAAACGGACAGUGCAGCAACAAAUCAACAAGCACAAGAGAGCCUGCAAAUAACAAUUAACAUCGAUAAGCUAGUCCAAGGACUUGCAGAUAAGGCGGUUUGCCUUGGGCCAUGUCCUGGAAUCAAGAGAGUACAUGUUGAUGAAGCAAUCAGAGGAUCAGUAAGUGAUUUUCAGCAGUGA